CAAGGGGAAGGAGCAUGUCAGGAGUCCAGGGACAACCCCUGUGGAUAUUGGGCUUUGUUGGAUGUAGUGAAGGGGCAGUACCCACCAGAAGAGGCAGCUGCCACUUGGAGAUGGAAGUGGACCCAAUGAAUACAUCAGCCUCCCUCCCCACCCCCAACUGUUAUCAGCCUCCACUAGAUGUUUCUACCCCAAGCUGUUGUGUCAACAGCCAGGUGUCUGGACUGUUUAUGUGGUGACAAGACAGUCACUGGGUAAACAUCUCUGAGGCUGAGGCCUAGGACUUGGCCUUGCUGUUUUUAACCCAAGGCCAGGAAAGGCCCCUCCCCUCAUACCAUUGCCCUGGAACAGCCCUUGAGCUGUCAUUCUUGGGAUUGCUAUGGGUCUUCCACUAACAGCAACAAGGAAAUGUAGGGAUUGGGUCAUCAGUUUAUUUGCUUUGCAGAAUUUGCUGGAAAGACCUCUAGUUGCUGCUGUUUGCCCAGCCAGGCUUGGCCUUCUCCUUUUCCAAAAGUCAAUUUCCACCCCGCCUGAGUCUGCGUCCCCACUCACCCAGCCUCUCCCCUCCUCUCUCUUGUUGGGGGUCUCCCAGGUGUACCCAUCCUUUACUUCCCAUGGAAAUUAUCUCUUCCUGCUCUCCCAGUAUUUUUCUCUACCACUUGUUUAUCACUCUGUCCUCCCUACUGCUGUUUCCCAUUCUUUCUUUCUGCUUAGGGCCAAGAGAGAGAAGCUAAUAUCUGGAGCUUAUUUUCCCCUUAGCUUCAGUCACCCUUUCCUAGCUCCAAAAAACACUGAGGUUUGAAGAGAGCUAAAUGGCUUUCCGCCUGCGUUUCAGGCACACCAUGCUGUCUCCCAGGGAUUUUCUUACUGCCUUCUUGCUGCAUGGGUUCUGGGCCUCCCUGCGGCCCUCCAGUCCCUCCAGUCCCUCUGUCUGACAUGGACUCUAGCCAGGCUCACUGUCCAGGGACAGAUCAGCCCUACAGCCCAGGGCAGAAAAAUCAAAAAGUUUCUGGGCACAGGCUGAGGCUAGGAGUGCAACUGCUUCCCUUGGCAUGAGCAGCCCCAGCCCUCCUCCAUGCAGCCUCCUUCUCCAGGUCAGUGACAAAGCAUGGAAAGAGCCCUGGACUGACAAAAAAUGUCUGAAAUGACUGGGCUAAAUUCCUCCCUGCACAGCCUCGCCUGGCAGCUGCAAAUCUAAACCCUCUGUGCAUAGGCAGGAGGCUGGAGUGACACACCAGCUCCUCUACCUUCUAGCCAAGUCCUCCCUUGACACAUGCCCCUGGCCAACACUGUGCCCCUGCCCUACAGUCCUCUGGUUUGGACCCAGUCUUCAGUGGGUUACCUGUGGGCAGUCCCUAUGGGAGAGGGUACAGGGGACAGCCCCCAGGGUUCUUUCCACCUGGGACCCAAAAGGUGGGAGGGAGGGGCUAAAUCUGUGGCACUCAUUCACAGAAGAGAAAGACCCCACAUGGAACUCUUCCCAUUGGCUUCCUCCACCUGGUAACAAGAUUCUUCCACCGGUGUGGAACAUGGCACCUGGAUGAGGAUACAAAGGUCCUUCGGUGGCUACUUAGGGAUUCUGGGGGUUAUGAUCUGUGCACAAAGACCAGUCCAGAAGUCUACCUAUCCCAAGACACCUCCUGUCACCCCAAACCCACAGACAGACUGAACCUGCAACUCAGAAAUCAGACCAGCCCACAGCUCAGCAGCCAUGGCUGUCGGGGCGAUUUGCAGGAAAAAGCACAAAAUCAUCUCUGAAUGGGAACAGUGUACACAGGAGACCGACGCCUAGUGGUCCAGUGGAGUAAUUAAGGCCGGAGGGGAGGCUGCUGUAAGGAUGGCCCUCUUGGCCACCUUCUAAUCGCUAGCGCCAUCACCGCGAAGUCCAAUCACACCCGCCUCACACAUUGCUUUCGCGUAGCUCCUGCCUGCAGCAGGCGCUGCCCUUCUCCGCCCCCACAACUGGUCAGUUGAUUGGCGGAGACGUCCGCACAGUCCCCGCCCCUACUAAGACAUCGUCUCCAGGGGCGCAGGACCCCUCGUCUCCACUUGCAGACUCCAACUCCUGCGCCCUGAGAACCGGGGAGAGUCGCCGGCACCUAGACGGUCGCAACCUGUGGGGUCGCUGCUCUCCCUCCUGGACCUGACACUUCAACCCCACUUCGGCUGGCCUUUCCCAGCGGCCCAGGGAACGAGACCCAGCGGAUCGGCUAUUCCCCGGCCAAUUUAUUGCCUGUGGCCCGGGAUGAACGCCGCAGGCGGCGGCCCCACAGCCACCCAGGAGUUGGAGUCAGCGGACGUGCCCCUCUGCCCGCCGCUGCCCUGGCCCUGUCCCUGUCCGGCAGACGUGCGGCUCUGCGGCCACCUACGGAAGCAGAAGUCCCAGCGCCGCCGGUUCUUCGUGCUGCGGGAGGACCCGCCGCGCCUCGAGUGCUACGAGAGCGAGAAGAAGUUCCGCUCGGGCUGUAGCGGCGGGGCGCGGCCCCGGCGCAGCGUGAGCCUGGCGGGCGCGUGCACCAUCAGUAAGCGCGCGGACGCGCGCCAGCGCCACUUGAUCGUUCUUUACACGCGCGACAGCAGCCUGGGCGUCGCAGCUGCCAGCGAGGCGGAGCAACAGGUGUGGUACAAUGCCAUGCUCGAGGUGCGCGCCGCCGCCGCCGCCGCCGCCGCGGGUCCCAGCUCCCACGAAGACCCCGGGGCCUCGAUCCUCGCUCCGUUCCAGGACGUCUGGUCUGUGACGCUGCGGCCCAAGGGUCUGGGGCGAACACGAGGCCUGGGCAGCGGCGACUACCGCCUAUGCCUGGGUUCCGGGUCGCUGAGCCUACUGCGGAAGCCGGGGGGCAGAGGAUCCCGGGACACCCAGGGAUUGUCGCCACCGGCCCUGCGCCUAUCCCUGCUCAGCGUGCGCCGCUGCGGCCACGCAGACUCUUUCUUCUUCCUGGAGCUUGGCCGCUCGGCGCCCACGGGUCCCGGGGAACUGUGGCUGCAGGCACCCGAUUCUGUGGUGGCCCAAAGCAUCCACGAGACAGUCCUGGCCGCUAUGAAGAGACUCGGAGGCAGUGGUGCCAGUGGCAGGCCUGAGCCACCGUCCAGGGAUCCUCCAAAGAGCAUCUCCAGACCCCCUGUCCCCCAACCUUAUGAAUCCCCAGCCUCUGCAGCCCAGCCAAGAGGCUUGGUUGAGAGGAUGGAGCAAGCAACCCUUAAGACCUUGGCAAGGCUGGGAGUGGCAGCUUCGUACCCCAAGGAGUCCGAUGGGGGUGCGGGCUACAUUACUAUGGGAGCCAGGAGUGACUAUGAGCACAUGGGGGUUAGAGAGGCAGAUGGCUAUGUGGUAAUGGGGCCCUCAGGUCUUCCUCUCGCUGACAGCGAUACUGCCCACCAGACCCUUCAAGAUUGGGGAGGCACGGAGUACAUGCCCAUGAAGAGCUUUCCACCAGAGCGCUUUUCCUACAAGUCCAAGGCCCAGAAGCCUGCACCAGAGCAUAGCGGCAAAAGGGACGGCUGGGGACCUGCAGUUGCUCGGCCCUGCUCUCUGCCGCCGUCAAAGCUGGCUGGGGAGUAUGUGUGCAUUAAGUAUGGGGCUCCAGACUUGGCAGAAAAGGACACUGCUAGGCUGGCGCCCUCCGAUGGCUACCUCAAUUAUGUCGACCUGGACCUGGUCCCUCCUCUAGACGUUCGUGGCCACGGCCCAAGGGCCGGCCCGCACAGCUACGCGUGCAUCGAGUUCUAGAACCUCUGGGAGGCGCCAGUGAGCAGACGGGGGCACUGGCCAGCGGAAGAAUGUGAAACUCGCCAAAGUUACCAAUGUCCCCCAUCCCGCUCAUGCUUUCUAACACCCCCUACCGCGACUAAAAGGCCAAAGUCUUGACCUCCAAUCUGAGACUUGCAGAGGCACUGGGUUGCCCCUUGGCCAGCUCUGUUCUUUUAAGGGAGAGAAUUCUAGAACCUCUUCUACCUCCCCCCAACCCCACACCUACCUCUUCCCCAAAUUAUAAACUUCUGGACUUUCUCAAUUGAAAGCCUGAUCCUGUUUCCCUAAAGAGUUCCUAGAGAAUCAGACUCAGGUGGGCUCUUAGGCCACAGAUGAAGGUUCCUGUUUGGCUUGGUGUUCCUGCACACACCUGUGGCGCCUUAGGGUGAAUUCCUGGGGCCCUAGCUCAAGAAGAAUGGAAGGAUCUUAAAACACCCGGCCUCCUUCUUAGUCCACCUCUCCCAGUCAAGCACAAACCAGCAGAGCUGACCAAGUCCUUGCUUCCUAUAGGUUCAUCCCCAACUCUGUACUGUGGACCAUCCCCCACCUAUUAAAGGUACCCUGCUGGGUAACUGUC